CUGCGUUUGCAUCCAAAUUCCAAGGUUAGCCCGCCUUACCGUUACCGAGAGAGAGAGAGAGAGCUCUGAGCAACUGAGGUACCAUGGCAGCAGCCCUGAGGUGCCCACCAUUUCAGCCCACUAACUACAAGAGAAUCCACAGGCUCAAACCCAAGUCUCCCAUAUCAUGUUCAGUCCAACCCUCCCAAAACAAUAUCAAGGUAGUCAUCAAUGGUGCAACCAAGGAAAUAGGGAAGGCUGCAAUAGUUGCAGUGACCAAAGCCAGAGGAAUGGAAAUAGCCGGUGCUGUGGAUUCCCAACUUGUAGGAGAAGAUGUUGGAAAGGUAUGUAACAUGGAGGAGCCUCUGGAGGUGCCAAUAAUAAAUGAUCUCACCAUGGUUCUGGGUUCCAUAUCUCAGUCAAAAGCAAAUGGAGUUGUUGUCGAUUUCACUGAACCAUCAACCGUCUAUGAAAAUGUCAAACAGGCUACAGCCUUUGGCAUGAGGAGUGUAGUUUAUGUGCCUCGGAUUAAUCUAGAUACUAUUACGGCACUAUCUUCAUUCUGCGAGAAGGCCAGCAUGGGCUGUCUGAUCGCCCCAACAUUGUCCAUUGGAUCUAUACUGCUCCAGCAAGCGGCCAUUUCGGCGUCCUUCCAUUACAACAACGUAGAAAUUGUAGAGUCAAGACCAAAUGCAUCAGAUCUUCCGUCACCUGAUGCAAUACAAAUUGCCAACAAUCUCUCUAACCUUGGCCAGAUCUACAACAGAGAAGAUAUUUCAACAAACAUUUUGGCAAGGGGGCAAGUUCUGGGAGAGGAUGGGAUCCGUGUGCACAGCUUGGUUCUUCCAGGGCUUCCAUCCAGUACAACGGUUCAUUUCUCUGGUCCAGGGGAGGUAUACUCCCUAAAACAUGAUAUAACAGACGUGAAGUGUCUUAUGCCAGGACUAGUAUUGGCCAUAAGGAGGGUUGUGCGCCUCAAGAACCUGAUAUUUGGCUUGGAAAAGUUUCUGUAGAGAUAAGGUGUUCUUCAAGCUUAUCCAUUGAAGUGUAGUAGAAAAGAAUUGAAGAAAUUCAUGUCUGGUCACCACAGGCUUUGUUGAGAGUACCUUUAAGAAAAUAAAUUAACCUCAUUGGCCACAAGUUUCAUUAAUAACUGUAACACAGUCAUUUUCAAAGGCCAAACUGCAAUCAAACGCAAC